GGUGGAAGCUCAAAACCAGACCGAACCGUUUUUCACUUUUUAAAAUAUCUUAUUCACUUGGUUCGUUUUAUAUAUAGACUCAAAAGAAAUUUAAUUAUGACCAAACCUAAAAUCAUGACAAAAUAGAAUCAUUUUUUUCGUUGGUUUGUGUAUUUAUUUUCAAUUUGCGUUAAUCUAAGAACUAGAAAAAAAACAUGAAAUUCAUGCUCUUCAACUCUCACAAAGUCUUACAACAAUUAGAGAUGCUGAAGAUGAUGCGAGCAACGAUUGCUGCUUCUUCUUCUUUGAAGGUUGGUUAUGGAAGCAGCAGCACCAGAGGUAUGCUUCCUUGCCCUCUUCAAUCUUCUCCUGUUGUUGUUUUCUUCAACAAUUACUUGGCUUUGUUUCACUCUCGAGCUUCUAAAUCGACCGAAUCAAGAAACACUCAACAACACCAGCUUGUGAAAAUCAGUAAUGUUGAGGAUGCUUUCAAUGUGUUCGACGAAAUGCUUCAAAGGCGUCCUCUGCCUCCCGUUGUCCCUUUCAACCAAAUCUUGACUCAACUUGCCAGGAUGAAAUAUUAUUCGGCAGUCAUCUCCAUGAAUAACCAAAUGGUUGUGUCCGGAAUUCGUCCAGAUGUUUAUACUCUAAACAUUAUCAUUAAUUGCUUUUGUCAUCUCAACCAAGUGGAGUUUAGUUUGUCAGUCUUGGGUAACUUCUUCAAAUUAGGUUUUGAGCCAGAUGUCACGACCUACACCACUCUAAUCAACGGCUUUCUUCUUAAGAAUAGAGAGGCCGAGGCUGCAGCACUUUUCAAUAAAAUGUUGGAUAGUGGUAACUGUAAACCGAAUGUGGUUACUUUCGGUACCCUAGUAAAGGGCCUUUGCGCAAAAGGUAACAACACUGCAGCAAUCCAGAUUCUUAAGAAGAUGGAAGAAAGAGGUUGCAAGCCUAACUUAGUUGUCUAUAGCACGAUCAUCGACAGUCUUUGCAAGGAUACUCAAGUUGUUGAUGCAUUGAAGCUCUUCUCAGAAAUGAUGAGUAAGGGUAUUGCCCCAAAUGUCAUUACCUAUACCUCUUUGGUUCAUGGAGUUUGCAAAUUAGGAAACUGGAAAGAAGCUACAAGAUUGUUGAAUGAAAUGGUGAGUAAACAUAUCUUUCCAGAUGUGUGCACCUUCAGUGUUUUGGUUGAUACAUUUUGUAAAGAAGGGAUGGUCCAGGAAGCAAGGAGCGUGGUCGAAAUGAUGACGCAAAGGGAUAUAGCACCCAAUACAAUUACGUACAAUUCGCUUCUAGAUGGUUGCUGUAUGCGAGGAGAAAUGGACGAGGCAAAAAUGGUUUUUGAAGUGAUGCUUAGCAAAGGUUGCAUGGUUAAUGCUCGUAGUUAUAACAUAUUGAUCAACGGCUAUUGUAAGCAUAAAAGGAUAGAUGAGGCCCAGAUGCUUUUUCUGGAAAUGUCUCGUAAGGGAGUUGUUCCAGAUACGGUUACUUAUACCACUCUUAUUGAUGGGAUUUGCAAGAUGGGGAGAACACAAGAUGCACGUAACUUGUUCUCUCAAAUGCAAGCUUGUGGCCAACUUCCAAAUGUUCAAACGUAUAAUAUUUUACUGAAUGGCCUUUGUAAAAACCAACAAUUUCCCAAGGCAGUUGAAUUGUUGGAAGAGAUGGAGGGAAAGAAGUUGGAUUUUGAUAUUGUAACUUACAAUAUUCUUAUUGAAGGAUUGUGUAAAGCUGAAAAAUUUGAAUAUGCAUGGGAUCUCUUUUGUAGUUUAUCAUCAAAGGGAAUUCAACCUAAUGUCAGGACAUAUACCAUAAUGAUUAGUGGAUUUUGCAACCGGGGACUAGCAAGUGAAGCAGAAAACUUGCUUAGAGAAAUGGAAGAGAAAGGUUGUUGUCCAGAUGGUUUCAUGUACAACACAAUUAUCCGAGGGUUUAUCAAUAACAACGAGACAUCAACAGCGGUGAGGCUUAUUCAAGAAAUGGUGGAGAGGGGUUUUUCUGCAGAUGCAUCAACUACGGAGUUGGUCGUUAACUUAUUGUCUAAAGAUAAAGUAGAUCCCGCUUUGUUGGCAUUUAUAGAAAGACCGUGAUGAAAUUGUUUUGCAUCUUUUCAGUUUUGACAAGUUUUCCUUCUCUUGAAUGCUACAUUGAAGAGAGUUGUUCUGCUGCUGAGUGCAGUUCAGUUUUGACAAGUUUCGGUGCUUCCUUCUCUUGAAUGCUACAUUGGAGGGAGUUGUUCUGCUGCUGAGUGCAGUUCAGGUAGCCAUUCAUUCGUGCAUUGGCUAGUGAUAUAUGAUAUGUGUUAUUAAUUGAAUCUAUAUGUGUUAUUAAUUGAAUCUAUCAAGUGAUCGAGCAACUCUUAUGAUACUUUUCUUUAAAGAUUAUGAAAUUUGUUGAAAAGCAGAGUAAUGGGACUGAUAUGAAAUUCGUAGACAUAUUUAUGGCUUGGUUUAACUUCUCUUUUAUUUUUUGGUAAUAAUUAUCUUGAGGAGAUUAUGUAUAAUUAAUUUUAAAGGAUAUGGGUCUGAUGAAAGAAGCAAUGGAGGAAAUGAUAGCUACAGGAGGAGGACUCAAUCCAUUUCUUAAACUUUGCUCCAACACCAGAUACAAUACACAUAUGAUGAUGCAUCCGAAUUCCAUCAUGAAAGGUACAAUCUGUAUCCGAUCAAACAAUGUCAUCUGUGAUUAAACAAAGAAUAUACGAAUUCCAUCUUUUCUUAAUCAUUUUUCUAUCUGCACUAAAAUAUUGCAAGUUCACCAUUGAAAUAAAUGCCUUGAGUUGUUGAUAUGGAGUUUAACAAGUCCUAUGGGUAAUGUAUGUGCAAUAAGAAGGCAAUUGCAAGUAAAUGUUUGGCUCCGUCAAUCUUCCUUUUCUGAAUCUAGAACAGGAAGGAUGCUCAGGGCUGAAGAAUGAAGAUGCAUGCCCUGAACAAUCCCCUCAUAUUAACAGGUGCAGGCGUUGAGUAAAUUUCAAUAGUGCUGGCACGAUAAACAGACUGGAUGACAAGUAAAAGACCAGCAAUUUGGAAGAGAUCAAUUUGGCAUAGAUGUGGAGUUAAUCAUUACGGUUAUGCCUUGUCCCAACUGACGGUGUUUAAUUAAGCGAGCAUGUGCACGUAACCUGAAGAGAAAGUUGCAAUUUCAUAUCCCAAUACAAGGCAAAAACCGGCGGACUUUGCCAUCCAACUGCGAGUACUACAAGCUCCUGGGUGAAUAGCAGAAGGGACACCUGAUACAACGGCUAUGUACUUCUCAGGAAGCCUUUCCUUCCGAAAACGAGGACCAGCAUAAGAUGUUGUAAGAAUCUGGAUAUCUUUACAGAUUACUACCGUGAAUGAAGAAUGAUUUGAGUUUGCAACUAUUUUAACUCUAGUGAUCCAAGAGACCUGCUGGUUUGAAGCUCGAUGCAUAAGUUGACAUAUCCAUUGGUGGUAUAGGCUUGGAAAUGUAAGGCUCCCUUUUUGUUGGAUUACUAUUAUGACCUCGAAUUACAAACCCUUAGCAUGAACAAAACCAUCAAAGCUAAUUUUAAAAAUGUAUAGAUUAGCCAGAUAGAAAUCAAGUGAAACGCUAAUGAGAUUCUUUCAAAGUGAAACUCUCCAUGUAUGCUCCGAACAGUGCUCUCCGGAAAUUUCACAAGUCCUGUUGGUAAUAUAAAUUUGUGAAUGGUAGGAUAUU